AUGGCAAACAUCAAGCCCGUGAUUGCUGCACCAGCAAUGGCCGCAGCAACAUGGCUACUGUCUACUCUUGUUGAUGUGCUCCCACCGCCACCAUUGGACACGCUAGUAUUGGCUUCUUGGGAUGACGAUGCAGAACCCGUGACGCUGUUAUUAGACAUCACAGUGACACCAAGUGCGGUGGACACUAGCCCGGAGGACGAAGACGAAGGCAGUGGAGGCGAAGGUGAGGAGCCUUCUGACCGUUGCGGAGGCAACGGUGACCUGCCCGGUGGUGAAGGUUCUGAAGGUGGAUUUGGUGGUGGUGAGGACUUUGAAUCGCCACCGCUCCAAGAAGAUGGUGAAGGUGGUGGGCUUGGUGAUGGUUGUGAGGGCGGUGGAGGUGACGAUCGUGAUGGCGGAGGGCUUCCUAAGGGUGAAGGAGGGCUAGAUGACGAUGAACCUUGCGAAUCUGAUGGUGGCGUUGAUCUUGAGCCUCCCGAGAUUGGAGAUGGUGGUGGGCUAGACCAGCCAUUACUCGAUUUAGGGGGUGAGCUUGAACUUGAACCGCGUGGUGGAGGAGCCUUGGAAUUGUUGCCACCUCCAUUUCCUCCUUCACUCGAUGACGAUGAACUCGGCGAUGGUGCUAUGUCAGACAUGCUCUUUUUCUUAGAUAUGCCUCCUUUAUUAGUUGAAGAUCCAAGUUGGCUUAUGUACCUUUGA